CCAGACUUGUGGCUGCUACAGACUUCUUCAGACUGUAAAGAGGCAUCUUGGAAGAUUUAUUUCAAAAAGGGGCUGUUUGCCGUUAGAAGUAUGAAGAACCUCCCUAAAUGGAAGCUGUUUUCUCCUAGUUUGGUUUCCAGAAGUGGGCACCCAAUUCCACAGGAGGCCUCAGUAGCACUUACAGACAGUAAAAGUUUCAUUUUGCAUGAUUAUUGUGUGUAUGCCCUCCUGUAAUGUCUGCUUUUCAUCUGACAGUGCAACAUCAACCUGUAAUUUGCUGUAAAUCCUAGUUUGCAGUGCUGUUGCCUGACCCCACGUUUUUGUUUUCUGUCUCUGUGGAUGAUUUUUCCUACUUAAAGUAGUUAUCAGUCCUUAUGACUUUAUGUUAAUUUUUUUUUCCUUCAAACUAUUUCCCCCCAUUCUUUGACAUAAUUUUGAAUUCUGAUCUUCCUCUUCGAUGGGCUUGUUGACAGCCCAGCAUCAUCUAUGAAUGCUGUAAGUGUAUUGGUGAAAGCACAGAAGCGUGUGUCUGCCGCAGUGUUGGACACACUCAGUGAUCGCUUGCUGGAGGCAUUCCUGUGUCCGUUGCAAUGAGCGUUGUUAUGCUGCUGCUCAAUCAGCUGUGCAAACAACUUUGCUUCACUAUUGCCGAUCAGAUGUUGACCCGAGAUUGCAAAGUGCUGUUCCUUGCAAUAUUUCCAGUCAGCUUUAGCGUCUAUUAAAUGCCCUGAGGCAGAGUGAGCCUCCACUUCAUAUGCUUGUGCACAAGUUUAUCAAGAUUUAUAAAGUGGAGCCCAUUUUCACUUUGAACCAAUUCCUUGAAACUCCGUGAGUGCCUUGGCCAGUCAACAUAGCACUGGUUCCUGCCCCCAAAAGCUCCAUCUUUAUCUUCUAGGAGGCACAAAGAGCAGCAUGUAUGCAGGUUUCUCUGCCUUGCUUAUCGCUUUAAGCUUAUGCCACAGUGACUGUGCCACUUUUUUUUCCAGAGAUGAUACUCCUCAUGUCCCCAAUGAGAAGCUUGGAGAAGAAAAGGUUCUGCACAUAAUAGAAAACCUGACUUCUCUGAUAAAAGAGGCAUUUCCAGAUACUAAAGUCUAUGCGGCAAUGGGCAAUCAUGACUUCCACCCCAAGAAUCAGUUUCCGGGGAAGGAGCACAGAAUCUACAACCGAACAGCUGAACUGUGGCGUCCGUGGCUGAAUGAUGCUUCCAUUCCUCUUUUCAGAGCUGGAGCUUACUACAGUGAGAAGCUGCCCAGCCCAAUGACACAGGGGCGAAUGGUUGUCCUCAACACCAACCUGUACUAUGACCAGAAUGACGAGACGGCCGGUGAGGAAGAUCCUGGAGGGCAGUUCCAGUGGCUGGAAGAAACACUGACCAAUGCCUCUAGAGCAGAUGAAAUGGUUUUCAUUGCGGGGCAUGUCCCUCCCGGCUUCUUUGAGAAGAAACGAGGCAAGUCCUGGUUCCGGAGCAGCUUUAAUGAUCGAUACUUGAAAAUCGUGCAGAAGCACCAUGGAGUGAUUGCUGCCCAGUUUUUUGGGCACCAUCACACGGACAGCUUUCGGAUGUUUUACAGUGAUACAGGUUCUCCAAUCAAUGUCAUGUUCCUGGCCCCUGGAGUGACUCCCUGGAAAACAACCUUACCUGGAGUGAACAAUGGAGCCAACAACCCUGGGAUUCGGGUGAUCAGCUAUGAUCCAGACACCCUUCAAGUGCUGGAUAUGGUGACUUACUACCUGAACCUAACUCGUGCCAACAUGAUGGGCUCAGCGUGGGAGGAAGAGUUCCCAACGUGGGAGGAAGAGUAUAGACUGACAGAAGCCUUCCAAGUCCCUGACGGCUCUGCGCACUCCAUGCACAUGGUGCUGGAGAGGCUGUUGGAGGAUCCCCACUAUCUGCAGCAGUACUACGAGUUUAACUCUGUCAGAUAUGACCUUGCCCCGUGUGACAAGGCCUGCCGCGUUGAUCACGUCUGUGCCAUCAGGGAAGUUGAUUUUACGAAAUACGAUGCGUGCGUUAAAACCAGCAGCUCUGCCUCUGCCAUCAUCAGUGUUUGGCUUUUGUUCCUCUGCUUGCUCGUAGGACUUCUCAGUCCCCAGCAAGUGCUGCAAUGACUGAGAGCAAGGGAAAAUGAAGAGAGCCCAAGUUCAUGAUGCACGAGCAAUUGUGAAUGCUUUUGGCAUUGAGAACUCACUUGAAAACCAAGACAAAAUCAGUGGCUUUUACUAAAAGCUCUACAAUGUUGAUUUGAAAUCUUCUAGAGAAGCUUGCUCUGUCGGGAAAGGAUAGUAAUUGCUGCAGUCUUUCUGUGCCAGACUGGCUUGUGUCAGGGAGUUUCUCUCCCCUGGGCUGUGGCUGGAGGUAGUCUGCCUCCCCGUGGACGAGAGCUGUGAGCUGCCACGUGUUACCGAGGAGUCUGCUGCCAGGUGGCUUCCUCAUGCUGGUGCACGCCUCUCUUCUGGAAAGAGCACACAACGGGCAACCCAAAAGGUCUUGUUUUGGUGACCUUGUACAGCACCAGCCUUGCCUUCGGCUUACGAGCAAAGCCAGGUGAGAUUGGUUCUUCCUUUGACAGUGUAUGAACUUCAGCAGGUUUGGGCUAUGACUUUCACAUAUCAGUGCCCAAAGUGAGGCUCCAGGGUAAGAAGCUUGAUUAUUAUUAUUUUUUUAAAUUUUAAUUUAUUUUUUCCCCCAGUGGCUGAGCAUAAACAGCUCUUCCCUUUUGUGCUCUGUUAACUCACAUCCACUUGGUUUCUUCCUUCAGCUGGGCAUUGCAAGCUGACCUUGACCACUUCACUGUUAAACACGGAAGGAUUUGGUGAUUUCCCAGCCCGGGGCUUUGCCAGCUUCUCAGAGAGCCUCCAGGCAGGCAGGACAAAGUGAUGGUGUUGGACCCUUUAGGUAGGGGUGAAUGAGACGCAGAAGGAAUAUUGGUGUGUCUGUCAAAGGCAGCUCUGGGCUCUCCCAGGGGUCUGACGUGGCAGAGCAGGAGCUGAACGUGCAGCUGGAGUGUCCUGGUUAGAGUGAGUGGAGGGGUUUUGGUAGUGGGGGAGGGGGUCACAGCAUUGGACCCUGUGAGAAGCUUCUCAAAGCCCCCCCUGGCUCCAUGCUGGACCCACCUCCACACCAAGGCUGGGCCGGUUAGUGACACCUCUGUGAUAAUGUAUUUAAGAAGGGGAACCUGGGUGGAGGAGUUAGAGUUGUGAGAACGAGUUGCAAGGAGAACAUCUGUUAAAGGAUUUCACCAGACUGGGGGUACCUGCCAGCACCACAGGGAGUGGCAACAGCUCACAAAAAGUGCCCUCUUUCUAUAUGAUAUAACACACAAUACAAAGAGUCUUCGGUGAUUUUCCAGGAACUCUCAGCUCUCAAUUCAUCAUUAAUUUCAGAAGUCCGUUGUAUUCCACAGUUUCAGCUAGUUCUUAUUGUUCUAAUUCAUCUUCAGACACCACUGCUCACUGAUGCAGUCAUCAUGGUUACUCAUCUUCUGAACAAUCUUCAUCAUAAUUCACUUUUAGACUUGACAAAAGACUCAAAAAGUUCUAUUUAACAUAUACUUAAUCUCUGUCUAGCUUUUCAAUACCUAGCCUUUCUAAGUUGCUUGAACUGUCAGUGUUGUUUCUAGAGCACCUGUGCUCUACUAAUUAAACCCAUGAAAUAAUAUCUAUUUAUUAAUUAUUCCUGCUAUUAAUAAUAUCCUAAGA